AUGAACGGAAUCUUCCGCCAGUUACCAAAGAACGUCCGCAUCUUUGUGUACGCCGACGAUGUCCUCAUCGUGGUAACGGGGCCCACCACAAAACGCACCCGGAACCUCACGCAAGCCGCGGUCUCAGCCGUAGUAAAAUGGGCCCAAACUGCCGGUUAUCAGCUCUCUGCCAAAAAAAGCAUCAGAUGCCACGUCUGCCCUUCAAGACACCGGGUCAACGGGACCGCCAUUAAGAUUGGCGACCAGGCUAUCCCCAUCAAGAAAUCCAUUCGUAUCCUGGGGGUACUUGUGGACCGCACCCUCUCCUUCGUGCCGCACUUCAACCAGGUCAAAAAAGACUGCCGAAGCAGAGUUAACCUGAUCCGGACCAUCUCCAGGCCCCAUCGCACUAAUAAUCGGGCAGUUCGCUUCCGGGUAGCGCAAGCUAUCAUCGAUAGCAGGCUGCUGUAUGGAACAGAGCUCACGUGUAUCAACUCUGAGAAGCAGGUUGAGAUCCUCGGUCCAACCUUCAACAGCAGCAUCAGGAUAAUCUCUGGCCUUCUACCUUCCACCCCCGCUGAUUCCGCUUGUGUUGAAGCAGGGGUUCUGCCCUUUCGGUACCGCAUCAUUAACGCUACCAUCUUCAAAGCUGCAUCCUUCGCCGCCAAGACAGCAGGAAAUGGCAGAAUCUUCCUCCUCGACGAGAGGGACAGAAUCCUGCAGACGAUCGCCAGCAUUGACCUCCCCCCAGUGGCUAGGACCCACUGGCACGGAGAGAAGAACUGGCUCUCUUCCAGCAUUCAUAUUGACUAUCACAUAAAAAAUCGAUUUAAAGCAGGAGACAACUCCGCGGCCCUCCGUCGCACAGUAAUCGAACGCCUCCGAACCCAUUACGCCGAACACACUCACCGGUACACCGAUGGUUCCCGAUCCAACACGGGCGUUGGCAUCGGAGUAUCCGGAAGUGGCAUACUCGCUAGCAGCAGCUUACCACAACAAUGCUCCGUUUACUCGGCCGAAGCGGCCGCAAUCUUCCAUGCGGCCACGUCACCAGCAAACCAGCCAAUCGUAAUACUAACUGAUUCCUUCAGUGCUAUCCAAGAGCUAGCUUCAGCAGUUCCCACCCACCCGUGGAUUCAAGCUACCAUCGAAUACGCCCCGAGCAGCACCAUUUUUACAUGGAUCCCCAGUCAUUGCGGAAUACCUGGUAAUGAAGCAGCAGACCAACUCGCUGGAACUGGACCGGCGGGUCCGAGAUUCACGGACAAAGUCCCCCUUCCAGAUCUCCGGCGAUGGAUCAAAACAUCCGUACAGAAAGCCUGGGCCGACCAGUGGUUCAGCACUCGAGAGCCUUUCAUCCGGAAGAUCAAAGGAAUCACGGAGGCAUGGACGGACCUCCCAAACCUCCGGGAUCAGAGAGUGCUCUCAAGGCUGAGGACUGGCCACUGUCGGUUUUACUAUAACUUCGGCGGCGGAGGUCCCUUCCGCAAAAGCUGUGCCAUCUGCCAUCUCCCGGCCACCGUUGAACACGUCCUCUGCAUCUGUCCUGAAUUCCAGGACCUCAGGGAAUCCUAUGGGAUCACCUCCAGCAUCCGGAACCUACUCGGAGAGGAUUCAGCCGCUGCAGACGCCCUGCUAGUUUUCCUCAGGGAAGCUAACCUAUACCAUGAGAUCUAG